UCCUUGAAAUCCUAAACUUAAUUCUGAACAUUUGCUUUUUUCUUUUACACAUACAACAGUACAUAUAUGGAUAGAGAUUAUUCCCAUGAGCUAUUCUAUCCGAUCGAACACGGAGCAUUUAUAUAGCGCAAUAUUGAAUUGCCUCUCUCCUGCUCGUCCAAUUUUAAAAACAACCCCAAAGUAGUUCGUAUAUUCGUUUGGAUAUUCGUUUGGAUAUUGUGAGAGAAUCUCUUCGGAUCGCACCCGUCGCUGUAUCUCAUAUCCCAAAGCAGGUCGCACGCGCGACGCGCAUCUUAGAUUACCUAUUCAUCGUUAUUAUCUAGCUGGCAGGAGGUGUGUUUACGUGUGUCCCCGUCUCUCUGAUCUGAGUAUGCCCUCCUACUAGCCUUGAACCCGCUACGAUGGAGGGGGAUCCGGGUAGCGGACCAUCCACCGGCCAGACGUCCUCUUCGUCCAAACCCACCCCGAAAUAUGAAGCCUCUGGCACUUCCGGAACUGGCAGUACUCCGAACGCGCAGCUGUCUAAACGGAGGAGGGGUCUCGGCGUUGUCACACCUAAUGCCUGUACCGAGUGCCGGAAGAAGCGCGCUAAGUGCGACGGCCAAAAGCCGUGCGGUCGGUGCAAAUCGCAGAAGGAUGUCGAAUGCAUAUACGAGAUUCCCGUGCGACAAUCCAAGGAAAAUCUACGCCACGAAAUCGAAGCACUGCGACGUCAACAGCGCCAAAGCGAUUCGGUCUUCUCCGCUCUCGUCCGCCCCGAUUUAGUUGAGGAGGUCUUGCAGAGACUGCGGCAAGGGCAGUCUGUCGAAGGGAUAUCGGAAUGGUUAGGCGGUGGUGCUUCUUUAGCUUCUGCUGGACCCGGGUUCGCACGGCCAGGCGAAGCUAGGGGCGGAGUUAGUCUGCCUCCUCUUUCAACUUACAGCAGUACGCUCGCCGGUCCUGGAGGUUACAAUACCAUGGGAAUAAGCCCUGCGACAGGCCAAGCGCAUACUAUGAGCCAGGAUUUUGAUCCAAAUAGCCCUUGGAACUUCUCAUCGCACAGUCAGACCGUGUCCACCCGUAGCGACUCUCAUCCAGAUAUCAUGCAGUGGACCACUGAGGCGCCCCCGCGGUCCCGUGUUGGCACGUGGCUCCAAGAGCAGUCGUCGACAGCGGAAGGACCCCGAUACCGUGGAGUAGACCAAAUCCUUGCGCCAUUGGAUUCUCCUGAAGAGAAAGUCCCACCCGGCACAUGGACCACAGUCACCGGAGAUAGUGGCUUGGUAUCGCAUCUUUUGGCGCUCUAUUUCUGCUGGGAAUACCCGACGUUUGCGUCUCUGAGCAAGGAGCAUUUCAUGAAAGACUUUAUCAGUGGGAGGAAUCGAUAUUGCUCGCCGAUACUAGUGAACGCAUUGCUAGCGCUCGGCUGCCGUUUCUCGACGCAACCGAAUACGCGGGCAAAUCCGAACGACCCGCGCACCGCGGGCGACCACUUCUUCAAGGAGUGUCUGAGACUUUUUUAUCGGGAAAACGACCAUCAUAAUUUGACCACUAUUCAGGCCCUGGGGAUAAUGUCUAUUCGGGAGGCGAGUUGCGGGAGAGAUUCGGAAUCCUGGUACUACGCGGGACAAAGCAUACGGUUGGCCAUCGAAAUGGGACUCCACCACCUGCAGAACGAUGGUGACGAGGAUGAGAUAGCCGUACAGGCUGCAACGUUUUGGGGUGCGUUUGCCUUAGACCAUGCAUGGUCCCUAGCGACCGGUUCUCUGCCGCAGUGUUCUUGCUUCCCGCAUUUACCGCCAAAACCUGGUAUUAUUGAUGACAUAGAAGCUUCUCUGUGGGUCCCUUAUACGGACGAUGGCGCCCCUUUACAACGAUCUUGCGAGCAGCCAUCGAAUGUAAGGUCUGUUUACAAAUGCUUCUGCGAGCUUAGUGAGCUUGUUCAUCAGUCGCUAUAUGUCCUACACUCUCCUGCCAAGCCCAUUACAAGCAGAGACCUACUCAGUAUUUAUACGCAAUACCUGAAUUGGUAUGAUAGGAUCCCCGAGGUUUUGCGAUUAGGGCACAACUUUACGCCUGCGGUCCUUUUCGCCCAUAUGUAUUAUCACUUCGCCAUUUUACUUCUUUUUCGGCCCCUCAUCAAACUACGAAUCAUUGGUUCAAGCAUACUUCCUCGCGAUGUCUGUGCUCAAGCAGCAGAUGCCAUCCAAGGCCUACUUCGUUCAUACUCCCAACUCUAUACGCUUCGCCGUACACCGUCAUUUGUACCGUAUUUUGUACUUACAUCCUCUAUCAUGUAUCUUGCUGUAGGCGCCGAGGCUUCUAAGGCACCAUCCACCUCGACAGUGAAACCUGAAGAGACCGAGACCGAGCAUGGCCGUAAGCGAUUGUCUUCUAGCAACAGAGAUCAACUAGAACCGGCCUCGCGCUCGAGCACCACUGCGAAACUGAGCCCGAGGGUAGCUGAAGCUCUAAACCAAGGCAUAGCACACUUAACUGAGAUGGCACCAUGCCAUCAUUUUGCUCACCAAGCACUGAACAUUUUACAAUUCCUUGCGAAAAAGUGGGGGAUUGAGGUAGAUAUACCGCCUAGCACGGGCGUAUCGGAGGAACCCGACAACUCGGUUCGACCGACGACUAGCAGCCUAAAUUUCUUUGCACCUAACGUCAGCGAGAACGACUACCUUUGUUCUUGGACCAAACUAGAUAUGAGCGGUCCUGGAGGCGCACAAGGAAGGCACGGUUCACCCACGCCGCAAACACAUUUCAACCGUGGGGAGAAAAUGGAGGGCAUCAUAGAGGGUAGUCAAGAUAAGGGAGCGUCUGAACAAGAUCAAAACCCCAGUUUUAGACCUAGGGGCGGCACCGGACCGGUGGCGCAUGCCACUCGAACCCUAGAGAAUCCAUUGUUUUGGCCAUUUCCUAUGCAGGGUCGUCCAAUGCUACCAGAGGGUAAACAGCUCGAAGAAGCUGGAUUUCGCCCUCUGUAGGUAGCUUAGCAGGGGAGAUCUAAUGCGACCUGGAAGCUGUUAGAAACAUAAACAAGCUUCUGGGCUAGCUAUAUCACUUCAACUUACAUGGCUGACCUCUAGGGUAAGAUGUGUUUGCGAUAGAUACACCUGAUAUCACCAACAUUUGGACAUCGAGCCCCAAGUCUCUAGGUAUGCCGGCCUAGAGACAGUGGCAUUCAAGCCUUACUGAAUAGGAGCAUAUGGUAUAUGCUUAGUUAGACGCCAUCGACAGUUGAGCGGAGGAAAGGAGGAUAUUUCGCGGUACGAUAAGGACUUUAAGAUUUGACGUGACAGGGUUGGUAAAAGUUUAUGAUGAUGACAAUGAUGGAGAAGGUUUAAGACGCAAGUAGAUGAUACCCCUAAGAUACGAACGCGCUUGUCUUAAGCCUAACCUUAGGAAAUGAGCUCGUAGCUCGGGAACCCCUCUCUAGAUCGUGUUUAGAUAGGUGACGAUGAAUUAGUUCUUAGAACAACCAAAAAGGCAUUAAUCGAAAGUUAUGUCGUAAACCCCUA